AUGAAAGAGAAACGGACAGGGGAUUUAACCAUGUCUUCCACUAGAUCCAAUGCCCGUUUAAUCCGAUUUGGGAUCCUUGCCUUGGUCUUGAUAGGCUGUGGCUAUAUACUCACCAAAGGCUCAUCUUUCCAAGUACCAUCAACAACAACAGCAUCAUCAUCAUCAUCAUCAUCAUCACAACUGCAACUGCAAGUUCAGAAACCUCCUUCUUCGCAGCAGAAGGGUACAAAUGUAGACGCUGGCCAAGAACAAGAUUUCCAACUUCCAUAUACUCCCAAAGACAUGGGUCCAUUAGCUAAAGGCCACCUCGGUCCCGAUGGAUCCCCGCAAUACAUCCCCCAAAACAACAUUGACCCAGAAACUUAUUUCCCUGAUAAGGACAAGAUCAAAGCCACAUUUGUCUCCUUGGCGCGUAAUCGGGAUUUAUGGUCAUUAAUGGACUCCAUCAGACAAGUUGAAGACCGAUUCAAUAAGAAGUUCCACUACGAUUGGGUUUUCCUCAACGAAGUUGAAUUUAGUGACGAGUUCAAAGCUACUGUAUCUAGUGCUGUUAGUGGUGAGGCCAAAUUUGGAUUAAUUCCCAAAGACCAUUGGUCGUAUCCACCAUGGAUCGAUCAGGAGAAGGCGGCUUUAGUUCGUGAACAAAUGAGAGAAAAGAAGAUCAUUUACGGACACUCGGAAUCGUAUAGACACAUGUGUCGAUUUGAAUCGGGUUUCUUUUGGAGACAGGAUAUUUUAAAAGAUUAUGAGUAUUAUUGGCGGGUUGAACCAGAUAUUAAAAUCUUUUGUGAUAUCGAUUACGAUGUGUUCAAAUGGAUGAAGGAUAAUAAUAAAGAUUACAGUUUUACCGUGUCGUUACCCGAGUAUAAAGAGACCAUCCCCACUUUAUGGGACACCACCAAGGAAUUUGUCGAGAAGAACCCACAAUACUUGGCUGAAAACAACUUGAUGGAUUGGGUUAGUGACGAUAAGGGCAAGACAUACAAUGGAUGUCAUUUCUGGUCUAAUUUUGAAAUUGCCCGCUUGGAUUUUUGGCGCAGUGAUGCUUAUAGGGCCUAUUUCGAACACUUGGAUAAAGCCGGUGGGUUCUUUUAUGAACGAUGGGGUGAUGCUCCCGUGCAUUCUAUUGCCGCGGCAUUGUUUUUGCCGAGAGAUAAGAUUCAUUUCUUUGAGGAUUUGGGAUAUUUCCAUGUUCCUUUCAAUAAUUGUCCUGUUGAUCCUAAAGUUAGAUCAGAUAGGAAUUGUGUUUGUGAUCCUAAUAAGGAUUUUACUCAAGAGGAUACUACUCAUCAUCAUACAACUGCUACCACUACCACCACCACUGAUUCUGCUUCUGAUAUUGCAAGUUCUACAUCAAGUUCCAAUUCUACAACAACAACAACUUCGUCUUCAAAAGGAAUAACUAGACUGAUUCUUACUUCUUCAUCUCCUAAAUCCCAACCAAUGCCAAGUGAUAAACUGACUUCCAACAAGGUGGCUUCACCACCUGUGGCAAUACAAAGCUUACUACAACGCUCGCCAACUAAACCCCAAACUGUCUUACAUCCAUUGCCUCUACCACCGGCCUCAACAACAACAACAUUUACUUCUUCUGCAGCUAAUAACCAUAAACGCAAGACGUCAACUACAUCCCCCUCCAAUGUCAGUCCGCCAACAAGUUGUGGAUCAACUACUAGCACUAGCAGUACCAGCACUUGUAAUAGCACAACUUUGCAACCACCAAAACGUCACAAACCCAUGUCUCUCAACUUGAGUGCUCCCAAUAAUGCCGACUUGGCAUUGAGGAUUGUUAGUCCUGGACUACCGCCCUUGGACGAUGAAAUGAAGUCAACUAUAAAACUCUCACAAAAGAUUCAGCAACAACAAAGGCAUUUAAUUGCUAGUAGACACGGUUUGGAUGUCGACCAAGACAAGUUAUUCCAGGAUCACAGUGACGCUUUUAUGGAUGAAGAUGUAUUGCCUGAUAAGCUGUACAAGCCUUUACCAGAAACAAUCUCAAAAAGUCAAACUACUUCGCCUAAUGAAUCAGACAAACAACCUGGUGAACUUGAGGAUACUAAGGGGAUAUACCUUUUACAACUGGAAAAUAAAGAAAACACAGUUGAUGGAUCAGAAACUCCUACAAAAUCACCAGUGUACGCUUUAGAUGACUCGGAUAUAACCAGACUAUCCGGUUUGAAAAAUAGGAGAAUGAAGAGAAAUAAUGUUCCCACACCAUUAAAUAUCGGAAUAACAUCAAACAAAUGUCCUCCUAGCCUGGUGAAUCCAAAGCUGAACAUUGCUCCAUUAUCAAUUCGAUCGGCUCCUAUUAGGUCAGCACCACCACGGCCAACUAUCAAUAUGAAGCCACGAGCAAGACAAUUUGGUAAUAUUCCUCCUCCUCAUAGGCCAAUUAAUCUACACCAAAUGCCUCCAAUGUACCAACAGCAACAACAACAGCAACCAUAUUAUUAUCCACCACCACCGAGAACGGCACGAAAUGGACCAUCAAUGGCAUACAAUUUGAGACAUGGACGCCCAUUGGCACCACCUCAACAUCAACAACCCCUUGGGCCAUUGUCACGUGGUGUAAGACUAAUGCCAGUGCCCAGUGCCACUGCACAGCAAUUUCCCAUGAGAUACUUGCCUAUUGUACCUCCAUCUUCAACUAUGCUUAAUUUUCAACAAAGACAGUACCAGCAACAAAUGCAACUGUCACAAUCACAAAGAGGAGUAAAUGCUGCUCCUACUGGGAGAGUACAAGGACAGGGACAAAGAGCAGGCGUUGUUACUGAUGUAUUUAGUGGCAAUCUACAAAAAGCUGCUCCUUUACAAUCACAGCCAUUGUCAUCACAAGUUGAAUAUUUCAAACGGGCCCAUGCUAGUGGAUUAUUGGAUCAAGGUGGAGAUGACGAAGAUGAUGAAGUUGCGGAAGUUGAUAUCGAUGAUGACAAAGCACCAGUCUCACAAGACGAGAUUGAGGAGAUGCAGCAAAAAUAUGCGUCUAACCGAACAGUAAUACCCCAAUACGUGCCAAGCUACCAACAACAAUACCAACAGCAAUAUAGUGGUGCCAAUGGCCCAAUGAUGAUGAUGAUGACGACGACGCCUAUGGCUGCUCCCGCCCCUGCUCCUGCAGGAUACAGUCCACCGUCAUCGAGUGGGCUGAGGGGAGAAGUUUUCGGCAGUAUUAAUUUUAUGAAUGAGAGUAUAUUCAAUUUUAGAAUCUUUGAACGCAAGAAUAAGUCGGGAGAAGAGCAGAGUAACAAUAAUACUGGGGCUGGCGAAAGUGCAAACAUUGAUUAUGACGCAGAGAAGGAAGCAUUGUCGGCGCCUUCUUCAGGGUCUGCAUCAUCAUUGGAAUCCAAGAUCAAGUUGGCUUCAUCCAAUGUAAAUGAGUCUGUUUCAAAUGCGGAUGUACCUGCUGAGGCAGAUGAAGGUUUAUCUAGCCAGAAUGAGGAGAAAAAGCCACAAGAUGCUAGUGAAGUUGAAAAGAACAAAGAGGUUGAAGGUAAUGAUGAUGGUAUUGAUAUUGAAAAAGACGAUGGACACAAGACAAAUAACGAGAUAAAUGAAGAUUGGUUAAAAUACGAAAAGGAAAAGUUCAUGAAGAUUUGUGAAACGUGUUGGGAUGAGUUUGUCAAGUCAAGAAAUGAAGAAACGUAA